AUGCUCUCGCCCCGCAAUACCUUCACUCGCGUCUUGUUCCUCGCGGCCUUCUGCACCGUUCUUUUCUUUUACACGCUUCGUCCCAUAUCAGAUCAUCCGCGCAAUUUUCACCAGGAAAUAAUACCUAUUAACAUUACCCAACCCCAUUCGCGAGACUGCUCCCUGGACGCCGCACAUUUACGAUCGUUACAAAAGAAAUACAAUCUCGAAGAUGAUAUCGAUUAUGCGAGGCGAUAUGUUCGAUUUCACCGCCAAGAUAUACAACGGGUUUCCAUGACCAAGCUUGAUAAGGACCUCUUUCCGAAGGGCUUCGAUCGUAUCAAUAUUCAAGAUCCACCUAUGAAGACAACAUGUCUCAAGCCACUCGAGGUUCCAGUACCCCUCUCCUUGACGCCCAAAACUGUUGAUGCUUCCGAGCUUCUUUUCGGCGUCUCUACAAAUUACAAGCGUCUCACAGACGAGAAGACAAGUCCAAUGAAGGAGUGGGCACACUGGUUGACUGACGGGAACGGAAAAUCUAACGGCGCAGGGCUGGUCUUGCGCUUAGUGGAUGCUUCGGAGGAAGAGAUGGAGAAUUCGAGAAAAAUUAUGACGGCAAUGGGUACCAAUGUCAAAGUUUACCAUUCCAAGAGCUCAGACGAAAUGGCGGCACGGUAUCUCUCUUUACUCCCAGCGCUCUACAACGACUCUUCACGAAAGAAUCGCAAGUUUCUUGUUAUGUGCGACGACGAUACUUUCUUUCCUUCCAUGCAUUCCCUCCUUGCUCGGCUCGCUACCUACGACCAUAAGGAGGAACUCUAUAUUGGUACUUUCUCCGAAGACGUCAACAACAUUCAACGCCAUGGUUCUCAAGCUUUUGGUGGCGCAGGUGUUUUCUUUUCUAUUCCUCUUGCAGAGAAAAUCGCCGCUCUCUACGAUCAAUGCAGCACAUCUGAGAAGAUCAAAGAGUCCAACACAGGUUGGGGACCACAAGGCGACAUCCUGCUCCGGAAAUGCAUCUACGAAAACACCGAAGUGCGCCUCUCGAUGCUCCGCGACCUCCACCAACUCGACAUCCAAGGCGACCCAUCAGGAUUCUACGAGGCUGGCCUCGCUCCCCUCUCCUUGCACCAUUUCAAAGGCGGCAUCUGGCACGAAGCAAAGCCUUACGCUGGGGCACAGGUUAUCCACGCUUGUGGCGAAGCAUGUUUCCUGCAACGCUUUCAAACCAAGGACGAUUUCAUCAUCAGUAAUGGCUAUUCUGUCGCUCAUUACCCGAAAGGAAUCGACUUCAACGUUCACCAGAUGGAACGUACGUUCUCGCCAGCACCAGAUGAUUACGGGUGGAACCUCGACUUCAUGCUUGGACCUGGGCGAAAAUCCUUAGCAUACACGGGCCGAAAGGUGGCGUGGGAGUUGAAAGAGGCGAAAGUACAAGAUGAUGGAAGUGUGUUGCAGACUUAUGUGAGGAAGUUGGAUGACAGGAGAUGGUCUUAUCAGGAUGGCGAGAAUUGGUAUAGGAUGAUGGAGAAGGACGGUGUCGUGGAGCUUGUCUGGAUACCUUAG